AUCUUUGUUUCUGGUGCUGGAAAUGAUUUAAAUGAACAGAUGUUAGUUCAACAUUUUGGUAGCAUUGGAGUUAUCAAGAUGGAUAAGAGAACAGAUUCAGCUAAAGUAUGGAUCUAUAAAGAUAAAUCUACUGGUGUACCUAAAGGUGAAGCUACAGUAACAUUUGAUGACCCUGCUACUGCCAAAGCUGCUAUUGAUUGGUUUAAUGGUAAAGAUUUCAAUGGUAAUACUAUUAAAGUAGAAUUAGCUCAGAGACAA